AGCUAAACUCUGCAGGACAGUGGCCUGUGUGAGACUUUCACACAUAUUCUCACAACUGACGCCCUGUUGAUGGGUGGAGGCGUUCAGAGAAAGAGGAACAGAAAUGUGAGAGGAGCAUAUGUGUGUACGUUUAUAUAUGACUGCGAUCUGAACGACUGUUUCUCUGAAUAUCUGUGAGAUUAAAGUCAAUCAGGAAUGAGGGCCGGCAUCAUCAUCAUCAUCUUCACUCUCUGCCUGAUCUCAGGUCAGGUUCUCUGUUUUAAAGUGAUUGGCUGCUCUGGAGGGAGUGUAAUGUUCAAGUGCAUGUAUAAGUCUGAUGAGCAACAUAACUCAACACCCCUGAACCAGAGAGAGUUUUAUGAUCAGCUUAAAGGAAAGUAUUUCUGCAGAAACAGAGACAGAGACUGUAAACCUGUCAUCAGUACUGAGACUCAGCGCCGCUGGGUUUAUAAUGAGAGAUUCGCUCUGUAUGAUGAUGAAAACAGCAGAUUCUUCACAGUGUUUAUCAGGAACCUCAACAGAGAGGAUGCUGGGAAAUACAUAUGUGGAAACAAUCAGAAAUGGAGUCAUGAUGUUGAGUUAGAGGUGAACAACAACUCUUCUUCUUGUGGGACGUCUGUUAUCAGAUCUGCAUAUAUUGGUCAAACAAUCACUUUCAGUUGUGAAUAUGAACAUGGGUUUAAAACACACACCAAAGUCUUGUACAGAGUGAACGGAGAUCCUGUGCUUGUGCUGAACAGCUCUCAAUCAUCUCAAUCAUCUGAAGAGAAGUUCAUCCUGUCUGACAGUCAGAAAGAUCACUUUACUGUGACCAUCAGAGACAUUUCUGCAGCGGAGCGUGGAGUUUAUUUAUGUGGAGUGGAGAGAGACGGAGCAGAUAAACCACCUUCAGAAAAAAUUACUCACAUAACCUUCAUUAAAGAGAUUGAGCUGAAAGUUCUUCGUCAGAUAACUUCUGUCCAGGUUGAGGCCUACAUCAGUAAAUCAGUCUUCAUUAAGUGUAAAUUUCCAGAAGAAUUCAAAGAAAACAAGAAAUUCAUCCAGAAAGAUUCAUCAAAGGAGAUCUCUGUUGAUGAACAGAAUCAGUGGAUCCCUCAUGGUAAAGUUCACAUGUUUGAUGAUACCAGUGCAGGAGUUUUGAAGGUUUUUAUCAGUGAUUUAACUGCAGCUGAUGAAGCUACGUACAGAUGUGGAAUGAAUACUGCUGAUGAUCAUCUGUUCAUGAAGAUCAGACUGAAGAUUAAUCAAGGUGAUAAUUUUCGUGAAUCAAGUGAAUCAGUUGCUGUUAUUGGUGAAAGUGUGAAACUCAGCUGUAAUUCCCCUGAGAAACAGCAGCUCAUCAAACACAUCUGUAAAGAGAACAAGAAGAAGAUCUGUCAGAGCAUCAGUUCAUCAGAGAAGCAGCGCUUUGAGUUUUCUGACAGUACAGCAGGAGUUUAUACAGCGAGCAUCAGUAAUGUGAGCCCGAGAGAUGCUGGAGUUUACUGGUGUGGAGCAGAAACCAGACACGAGCAUCUGACUUCUGUUUCUCUCACCAAUAAACAUCAGCUGACUUUAACCAUGCCUCCAGUGAUCGGACGUGAAGGAGAUUCAGUCGAGAUCAAAUGCCCUUAUAAAGAAAAACUCACAGAAGAAACAUGUCUGCACAGUGGAAAGCUUCACACGGUCAUUCAUGAAGCGUCUGUCGGAGGAUCAGCGUCCAUCAGCUGUAAACACAUCAGGAAACAAACACAGAAGCUUUUCUGCAGAGGAGAUCAGCCCAGUAUCUGCUUCAGAGACAGAGUUCGUGUUUCAUCAAAUGACAGAAUAAACGGCAGAUUCUCUCUGACUGAAGAAACCUCUGCUGGAGUCUUUACUGUGAAGAUCAGCGAUCUGAGAGAAGAGGAUUCUGGGAAAUACUGGUGUGCAGAGGAGAGCUCUGGGUCCUUCAUAUUCACUGAAGUUCAGCUACAUCUGACCAGAGAGAUGAUAUCUGACACCAAAAGAGAAACAUCCCAGGAAACAGAAAAGCCUGAAAUUACCUCUUCUGGCACCGAAACAGUCCAGGAAACAGAAAAGCCUGGUGAGAUCCAGCAACUCUUUUUCUCGUCAUGCUGAAGCUCGUCUGUUCUUGCACUUAUUCAGACAGGUUUGACACUGCUGAAGCCAAACAUCUCGUUUUUAUUUAUUGAUUUAUCGAUUGUCAUUUUUGGAGAUCAUCAGCCAGUAGUUGCAUUGUUUUUUAGGUAUUUUUUUUUUAUUAAUAUUUAUUUAAUUAAUUUUUUUUUUUAGAAAACAUUUUGUGUUUCACAGAAGAGAUGAAUAAAUGAAGACAGUUUGUUUUAAUUUACUUAACACCAGAGCUGUAGCUGUUUGAAAUUGUUCAAUUUGUAUGUUCAUUCUAUUUAUUUAUUUGUGCUAUUUAGACAAUGUUUAAGUUUUUUCAAGUUUGUAGGUGUCCAGUUACA